GCCAGCUUAGAUCCCGGUAGAGGGUCCAGAUAGGAUGAUAACAGCGCCGAUGCAUGGCCAGGGCCCUCAACUAGAGAUCGGGUGAAGAAAGAUGUGGAGAGGAGCAGCGACGGAAGGAGAAUUGCGCGACGGAGACUUGGAUGAGGAGAGACGUUUACUACUGAGGAUUUAAUCGCACUGGGAGUUGAACGUCUUCUUGUAAUUUCGGAUAGAUGGCGUCAUUGAAGAAAGUAAAGGGUCCGAAUAAUUUGAUCUGCCGGAGACGGGCGAGUGACAGUCAAGUCAGCGUCUGAUUGUUUCCCGUCGUCUGUCAUAGUGAGCGCAGUAUAUAUUCGCUCGACCCUACAUCGAGGAAGCUCUCACGACGAGCUAAUGACACCCUCCGACUCGGACGAAGACACGGUCGUGGUCCCACAUACCCCUUCUGCUAUCAAUCGCGUUCCACCCGAGGUCCUGAUGCACAUAUUCUCCCUGAUGUGCUGGGGCAGAGCUAUCAGUACCUGUUACGAUAUUCUCGACCUCACGCAGGGCCCCUGGCUCAUCGGGAGGGUAUGUGGCCAAUGGAGGGAACUCAUAACUUCCUUCCCCUCUGUGUGGGCCUCCAUAGGCAUCUUCCCCUCCCAAAUCAUCACCCACAGCUCCGUAUUCCUCCUAGAGACCGCUCUCAGGCUAUCCCGACCCUUGAAGCUGACCCUCCUGGUCCAUUUACAGUCCAAUGGCCCAAACGAACGCGCAAUCAUGGACGCGCUGGUGAGGGAGAGCCACAGAUGGAGAAGCGGAGAGCUAACCGUAGACGCGGAUGUAUGCACCUCGUUUGCAGACAUAUCGGGCGAGCUGCUAUCACUGGAGCGCCUCGAUCUGUACGCAGGAAAGCAUCCGGGUCCAAGCAGCGCAGAGACGCUCAACCACAUCCUGAAGCGCGCGCCGUCACUCAAAGAGGCGAAGCUUCCCCUCGUCGUGGAUCCCAUGGCACUCGACCUCGAAUGGCGCCACCUGACGAGACUGGCCACAUUCCCCGGCCAGACCAAAGACUACCUCGAUAUCCUCCGUCGCGCCGACAACCUCGAAGACCUAGACAGCAUAUCCUAUCUCUCCGGUUCCCGCCGCCUUCUCGACGACGAAGAAGAUCGCAUCAUCCACACCUCCCUCCGCAGCAUUCGUUCCAACGACCUUCGCCUCCUAGACAAGCUCGUCCUCCCCUCCCUCCAGUCCCUCAACUUUUUCUUCCCAAACGUCAUCGCAUACGCCAAUCCCCUAUGCGAUCUCCUCGUCCGCUCACAAUGCCAGCUUCGAUCUCUCAAACUCGAGAUCCGCAACUACUUUGGUGGCGUACACGACAUUUGUAGCGUCACCCCGGCCCUCACAGAAUUAGAUAUCACGAUACCGAACAAUGUAGAGUCAGAGACACUCUUUCGUCGUUUGAUAUACUCGGACAACGACAAGAAUCCUUUGCUGCCCUGUCUAGAGAGCCUGGUCGUCCCUAUCAGCUAUACAGUGAUAAAUGUCGCAGAUGUCGUGCAGACGCUCAUCAAGUUUGUCGAGUCGAGAUGGUACCUGGACGAAGGAUCACCCAUCUCCAGGCUUCGCGCAAUCACCAUUCGGAUCCAGAGACCCCCAGGUCCCAGCGAUACCCAGCUGGCAAAAUGGAUAGAGUUACAGCGAGAGGGGUUGAUCGUGUUCCUCUCAGUGCAAGGUCUGUGCCAGUGCCCUUCCAUAUCAUAUGUGAAACCUGACGAAGGAUCAGACAGCCGGAUCCUAUAAUGGAACGCACGUUGAUUAUUAUUAUUAUAUACAUACAACUGCAACUGCAGUAAAGGAAAUAUCAAAAUAUCAUUUACAAACAUUACAUUCGUUCACAGAG